GAUAGAACUACAUGGGUCCAGUCUGUAAUGCUGCAGGGAAAGAAACUGGCCCAUUAUUAUUGUGUAAUACCAUCUGAAGGUUCAGAGGAGCCUGUAUCUUCAGGAUGUUGAUACCAGGGAUGAAUUGGCCUUUCAUUAGUUAGGGACAUCAAGAUGACAACAUACACACAUGGUCAAUCCAGUCCUUCUCUAGGAGAUGCAAAACUCAGACCAAUGGUCAUCGAAAUCAUAGAAAAAAAAAUUGAGUAUCUUAGAAAAGACAAGACUUUAAAUAUAUAUGGAACAGUGGUCUUUGGAACAGCAUCUAGUUUCUCUGGAAUGUUGGCAAACUUCAUUUUCAGACACUGCUUCAAGGUUAAACACGAUGCUGUGAAGACGUAUGCAUCACUGACUACACUUCCAUUUUUGUCUACUGUAGUUGCUUAUAAGCUCCUUGUUACAGAUGCUUUGUAUUCAGGUAAUAUAAGCAAGGAAAAUUGUGCUCUGAGAAGUUCACUGGUUGGCAUAGUAUGUGGUGUUAUAUAUCCAACUGGUUUGGCAUUUUCUAAAAAUGGGCGUCUGGCUGUAAAGUAUCAUACUGUUCCACUGCCACCAAAAGGAAGGGUUUUACUUCAUUGGGUGAUGCUUAGUCAAACACAGGUAAAAGGAAUGGCGAUUCCUCUAAUCUUUCAGCUGUUCUUUGGAGUAUAUAAUGGUCUACGACAUUAUGCAAUAUUUGAAAGUACACUUGAGAAAACUGUGCAUGAAGAUUAACCAAAUAAUGAAUGGAUUUUUUUAUGAUGAGGACUCAGGUAUUGCUGAAAGAAUUCAAAGUAACUCCGGCCAAUUUCUUUCUGUUCUUUUUGCCUAGUAUAUAGCAGGUUGUCAGUAAAUAUGCAGUAACUCAACAAAUAAAUGUAAGUUUUGUCUUUCUU